GUUAGAAAUAUAGCCGCUCAUGGCUCUGUAAGUAGCCGUCUUUCUCAGAGUCUUACGGAGGAAGAUAUCCCCGGAGCAUCGCUUCAGGGAAGAAAUGCGACUGCUCUUAAAACAGAUGAACUUCGCUUUUGGUUAAACUGUCGUGGCGAUCCAGCAAAGGGGUUAAAAAAAAGGCACAAUUGGCGAAAAGGUAAGUACAGUAUUUGUCAGUGGUGCGUGAUACUUUUUAGCGGGGCUAAAAAAUGUUAUGUUUUUUAUUUCUAAUUUAAUGAAGUCGAGCGUAGUUUAUGCGGCUAUUUUGUUUACGCACGUUUGUAAGAUUUGAGACAAUGAUCUGACCGAGUAUCAGGUUUAUAUAAGCUUACAGAUCUUUUUUCUCACCGCAAAUAGAAAGAACACGUUCCAAAGAAUUUUUAGUUAUAAUUCUGGCUGUAAAAGAAGCUUUGAGCGAUUUUCUUGCCUCGAGUUUGUCUUUGAAAAAAGCAAACACCGGGAAGCCGGCUUAAAACAAAACUUCAGCUUUAAGCUCGAAGACUCAGGAUUUUUAGAGACACUUUAAUACUUGUCUUCCUGAAUGAAAAUUGUCGUCUCUGUUUAUGUUUCACCGAAUUUUAUUUCUUUUAUUGAUUAUUAGUAGUCUCUCUUGUAAUUUUAAUCGCUGUGCCGAUUGUUUUCAGUCGUUCAGUGAACAACGCUUCCCAGAGUACUCAAAAUGCCGCGCGUUAAACCAUUUUAAAAUAAAAAAUAAACAUAAUAAAUUCUUUAUUAUAUUGGAGCUUAACUGUGUUAAUGUUCUUUCAAACACUCGCCACAGCUAGCACUGCAAAAGUCAGAACCGGCUGGCCGUAUAGGUGAUUUUGGAAAUUUUUUUAACGGUUUAGCUAAAGCCCACGCGUGCUUUGAUCGUCCUGAAUAUUGAAUGAUAGCAAUUUGUAUUGCAAAACUGUCAAAUACUGCAUUUUGUUGUCCGAGGUCUGUAUGAUAAAAAAGUGCCUCAUAGUACCGUUUCACCUCAGAUGUGACGUAUAAAUGAUAUAUAAGGUUGGUUUACACGAACCCAGAUUUGUUGGCAAUAUUUUGUAAAGUAAACUUGUCGAACGCAGAAAAUUCGGCCGGAACUUUUUUCCAGGCCUAAUUAACCUACGGUGAUCAAGAGCCAUUAUGGCUCUUUAAAAAUGUGAUCGAAGACGAGUGCCAGUUUUUGGGUGUACAUAUGAGGCCAUCAACUCGAUGUAAGAUUUGGUUCACUCUGGGAUUGUUUGCAAAUUAUUUUUGUCUAAAAUCACUUAGCCUUUCCCUGAAAAGUCACACGAAUGUGCCCUAAAGUUAACUGAAUUGUGGAAUACAAGUUUAUUGUUUGAUUUAAAUUAUAAACUUAUUAAUGGGAGCCUCGCUUUUAGCCCUGGCUAAAUCUAUAUAUUAGAAUUAAAAGAGACUUUGAUAUUGUAAAUGGAAAUCAAAAGAUUUAGGAGUUAUUUUCUCGAUGAAAUGUUUUUAAAAAUGUAAUGAUUAAUAGUAUUGUUUUUCUACUUUUCAUUUUGAAGAGUUCUUGAAUAUGUUGCGUCUGAUCGUGAUAAAGAUGUUGUGGAUCCCGAUAAAAAUCUGAUAUACACGCGUCGAAAGGCGACACAAGAACAACUCGCUCAAAGUGAUGCGAUGCCUGAGGAAAGUACUGUUAAAUUUCCAUCAGCCGGAUAGUCUACAAGUUUGCAACGAAUGCCAUUAUUCACAAGGGCAGAGAUGGAUUUACAUAUUUCUAAAUCUGGAAAAAACUUUGACAGAAAUAAACAGAACCAUGCUGUUCCAACAAGCAUGAAAAAGGCAAAAACAUUUCUUGAUGAUGAAUACCUGAAAGACUUAACUUGCGCAAGUGAUGACCAAUAUUUCUAUUUCAAAUGCUUGUGUUACCAUAGCUUUAAAAAAAAUGAGCCACCCCACAAAUUACAAGUUGCACUUUGUUUAGUGAGUGGAGUUGUUAAAUAUGCUUCGUGUACAUGUGUAGCAGGAUCUGUUGGUUUUUGCAAUCAUGUGCUUGCUGUUAUGAUGAAACUCUGUAAGUUCAGCUUGUAUUGUUGUCAAGAUAUUAAGGACUUGGAAAAUGAAUCUGAUAUGACACAAGUUAAGGCAUGCACUUCAAGUUUACAACUAUGGCACAGGCCUGUAAGAGGAGAUAAAAUCAAGCCCCAACCUGUCAUGGAACUUGAGGUCAAAAAGUCGAAUAUAGACACAGAGUAUAACCCUGAUAGUGGAGUAAGGUGCUUGUUGCAUGAAGCUAGGAAAAAUUUGGGUACACAGGCAUCUGAUGAAGCUUUGUUAAAAAACAAGCUUCAAGAGAUCAACCCUAAGUUUGCCUUGUCUCAAAUUAUGUCUACUGGUGGUACCAACUUACAGGAAACAAAAUUUGGAAAAUGUCCAAGUGGCUCAUAUGCAAGUUACCAGUUACAGUUCACAGAGUCUAAUUUUCAAGUUUUCUGUAAUAUUGACUCAGUGCCUAGAGUGGACUCUAAUGAUGAACAAAAUGUUAUUUCUGUAUAUCCUCCAUUUCCUUUGCAACAAUCUGAGCAGUAUAAAAAGCCAGAUGAUUUAAGCCGCAACCAGGAAGCACUCCUGGAUCAUUUGAUUGUUGAUGAGGCAAAGCUUUAA